GCCAAACCCGCUGAGGUAAGUGAGCGGGUGCACAAGGACUCUCUGGAGCUUGUUGGGAAGGGAGUUGAUUCCUAGGAUCCUACCUGCAGGGACUAAGAAAAUGGAGAAGUGAAGUGAGAAUUCUGCUAGAAAGGAAAUGGCUGCCUCUUCAUCAUCCUCCUCAGCUGGCGGGGUCAGUGGAAGUUCUGUCACUGGAUCUGGUUUCAGUGUCUCAGACCUUGCCCCACCACGGAAAGCCCUUUUCACCUACCCCAAAGGAGCUGGAGAAAUGUUAGAAGAUGGCUCUGAGAGAUUCCUCUGCGAAUCCGUUUUCAGCUAUCAAGUGGCAUCCACACUUAAACAGGUGAAACAUGAUCAGCAAGUUGCUCGGAUGGAAAAACUAGCUGGUUUGGUGGAAGAGCUGGAGGCGGAUGAGUGGCGGUUUAAACCCAUCGAGCAGCUGCUGGGGUUCACACCUUCUUAAGGUUAACAUUGCCUCUGGAGCACAGCAAGUGCAGAGCUGGCAAGGAACUUUUCCUACAGUUUCCAUAGCCAUCCAGAGAGUCACAGCUACAUUGCUGAAUUGUUUGUUCACGUCCGUAGUUGGUUUAUCUGUAUCUGUCUACAAGCAACAAAUACUUAAAUGUGUGAUCUCGCAGGGAAAGUUUUUGUUUAUUUGUUUUAAAAAGUAUUGGAAAUCAGAUUAAGAUAGUCAGUUUCAGAGAAUCAGGAAGUUUGGGUUUAAGAGAUAUUUAUAAAACUUCACAAGCCAGGUAGGCCACAUGCCAGAAUUGGCUAUCUGAAUGGCAUCUGUCCUGUCAUCUAUCCAGUGCCUGAAAAUCCUCACUAGUCAAGUCCAGGGUCAGGAUCUGUAGUUAUAAAAUAUAGUAUUUCUGACCUAAAACAGUUCUUUUUGCAGAUGAAUAUGAUUUCACCUCAGGACCUGUCCAAAUGAGGAAUUUUAAAAUGUUCUUUUUUUCCUUCUUCUUGUUUUAUUUUUAGACAUCUAAUUCUAUAGAUUCUAGCUUUUUCUGACAUGCCAAAUGCUGGCAGAAUGAAUUGCUUUUUGAAUAUUGGAGCACUGUAAGAAUAAAGCAGUGAGCAAAAACCCUUUUAAACACAGAAAUCCUGAGUUCAUCUUGUUGGUGGAUACAAGCAAUUCUGUAGCAAAUAAAUCCUUUGAAAGAGCUCCAAAUUGAUUUCUUUGUCCUUUCAGAGUCUCAGGGAUUUGGAUGGAGGAAGAGAUCAAAUUGCUUUUUACAAUAAAGGAAUCUAAAAACUAUCCUAAAUGGUAGCUUGGAUAUUUGUCUUUACAGAAGUAUAUGAAUUUCUCUUACCAAUAUUUGAGUAUAUUUUUAUACCAUGAUAGGAAAAAACAUGGAAGGCUGAGCAUGUGUACUUUGUUCUCCCUCAUGGGGACCCCAGGGUCCCACACUGCACAAUUAUGAGAAUCAUGUAUUAGAUUGUAUGCAGGUUUUGGCUUAGACAACAUUUUGCCUUUCUCUUCAUUAAUAACUUGCACCUGACCUCCUUAGAGUUGCUUAGUUAGAAAUAUAUAUAAUCCCAGAACAAUUGGCCUUAAUCUCAGAAGUCAAAAUAUUUAUCGUGUACUACCUGACAGGGAGGUGGUGACCUCAUUCAGUAAGUAAGAAAUCAGUUGGAGCACAGUAAGGUUAAAAACCUGCUCAUGGUCACAUAGCUCAUUCAGGAAAAUCUUGGAAUUUGGAAGAGAUCCUAAUUGAUGAUUCAACCCACUAUUCUUGUCUCUAAAGCAAAUCAGAGCACAAGAAGUACCAGCCCAAAAACUCACCUAUUUUCAUAUUAAUGUUUCUCAACCAAAACAAACAAGUUGCAUAUUUGAAAGCAAUUGAGUUUCCUAACAUUGUACUUUUUAACAGCAAACAUCUUGAUGAUUACCAAAGGAAAAAUUAAAAAUACCUGAACUGCAAUAAACCUUUAAAUUAGACUUUCAGUGACAGUUUAGAAGCAGCUGCUGCUGCCUUUCUCUUGUUUCAUUGCAUAGCUGCAGCACAGACAGUGUUAGCUCAUCUUUACCUUCUAGUAUUUGAGCCUAUAGAAUUUUUUCUCUUUAAGUUGGAUAUUUAUUUUUAUAUGACCUUAGAAAUGGAAGAGAUUUUAGGGUUGAACAGAAGUCUUUUCUGAAAUACUUUUCACAAUGAUCAUUCAGCUGUUAUUUGAGUCUAUUUGAGUAACAAGACCCUCAUUAUUCUUUGAAGAUGGUACCUCGCUCCCUGCACCUUUCCAAUAACACUGCAAGAUGUGUAAUACCCCCUAAGACAGAAGAGGAACUUGAAGUUCAGAGUAACUGUUACUUGCCAAGGCCCCCCCAACUAAAUAAGUGGCCAAAUCUGAAUUUAAACUCAAGUCUGCCAGACUCCAAAGCUUAGAUUCUUCUAGAUGCACUGCUGCAACCCACUGAACCCAACCCAGUGUCUUGUACAAAGAAAAAUCCUCAAACUUUUUUUUGGAUGAUAAAACAAGUCAACUGUCGGGAAGAAAUAAGCCUUGUCACUACCCUCCCUUCCUACUCGCAGUGCUUGGUGAUAAAGCGUCUGAAGCAUAAUGAAGGAACAGUGUCUUCCUUUGGGAACUGAUGGGAAUUAACUAUAUGCUAGUUUCUACAUGUCCUUUUAAGAUUUGGUUUGGGAAGAAUGUAGUUAGUUGCUUUGGGAAGCGGUUCUUUCUCUGGGGACACCUGAGUGACGAGGAGGGCAAGAGAAUAGAUGGCAGCUGAUGAGCAGGACUCUGCAGAUGGCCAUUCUAAGAGAGCUAAUGAUGCCUUCUGUGCAUAAAACACUGCUAUUUCCAAAGCAUUUUCACAGUGUUAUCCUUGAUCUUCACACCAACCCUGUGAGAUAGACAAGUAUUAUUUUACAGUUGAGGAACAGAGGAGAUAAGCCACUUAAUCAAGAUUAUAGUUAAUAAGCAAGGGAGCUGGGCCUUUCAAAUCUUUACUAUGAAAUCUGAAGGCAGAGUUGGUUUAUAAUAAUGAAUUUUCAUGUGAACCUGAUAUUUAAUUCCAUAUUAUUGUUUUGUGUCAUGGUAAUGAGACAUAAAUAGUAAACUAAAAUAGCUGCCUUUAUUUUACAUAGUCAAAAUUUUUACUUUUUGACUUCACAUCUGAUUAUACAGGGAAACCUUGGUGGCAUAGUGGUUAAAAGGGAUGGCUGCUAACAAGAAGGUCGGCAGUUCAAAUCCGCAUCGGCAUUAAAGUCUAGAGUUUUCACUGAUAUACUUCAGUGUGUUAUUUUUUAGUGCUGUCCGACACCUGACACCUGAAAUGACAGUGGUCUGGAACUCUAAAUCACGCUGUGGACCCUAGGACCUCUCUCAUUUUGCUCUGCCCAUUUACUUAGCGCCUCUGAUUUCCCUUCCCCCACAUGGUUGGGAGUCCUUGCAUCCCCUGCUCCCAUUCAGAACACCAGAUACUGAAGGGCUUAUAGCAGUAGAAACUCUAGACCUUUAGGCUAAGUCAGAGGUAAAGGAAAGAAGAUAGGACUAGGAGAUGCCCGUCAUCCAGAAGGAACCUGCCCAAGGACCUGAGAGGGUAAACCUAAGAGGGACUACACUUUAGAUGAGGAGAAGGCCACUCAGCCUUUCCCUGUCUGUUUGCCAAAACACCUAACUUUGCCUAAAAUAUCUUGCCAGGUCUCCUUGUAGUUACCUGAAGUUUCAAACAAAACAAAGCCUUUUAUUCCUCAAUUGGAGAUAAAAGGCUUAAAGAACAGAUACUUGAGGAAUUAAAUCUUGGGUUGCAGGCAGAGUAAAUAAUAUCAGAUCUUUACCUGUUUUGAUAGGAAAGACAAGCUUCCAGCACUGAGUUUGGGAUGGAGAUGGCACUAAGGGAGACAGAAUACAGGAGAAGGACAUUAGAGCGUGAUGCUUUGCCACUAGCCUGCCCCAUUUAUCUGCAUCUGGUCAAGGAGGGAGUCAGAAUUUCAGAGUUCAAGAGAUGAUCUAGUUCUCCCUCGGGACCUUGUCUGCUCCAUUCACUGCUGUAUCCUCAGUUCCUAGAACACUGCCUGGCACACAGUAUGUGUAUAACAUUUGUUGAGUGAAUGAAUAUAUGAAUUUGUUGUAUGUUUACCCUAUUUCAGGAGCUGUGCUAGCCAUUUUCAUAGUGGAGUAAUGCCUAAGGUAAUGGAGAUAGUUCGGGGGUAGAGCCAAGACUAACCCAGAUCUCAGCCCAGAGCUCUUUCUGUAAUGCUACACUGACAGGUGGAAAGAAGCUGAAGGACAAAUGGAAACUGCCAAAGCAGCCAUGCCUUGUGUGAUCCCAUCAUGUGAGGAGCCAAGGUGAAUGAUGCUAAUGGCUCCCUGCCCUCCUCAUGAGCUCCUUCACAAGUGGUGCCAGUAGGAGUGCCAUGAGUCAGCAUCCAUGACCUUGCCAGAGACUUUAAUUUCCCCCACAGACUGUCAAGUUUCCCUAGAGGAGUUAGUUUCCAGAAUAAGCUUAUUUAGUUUUUACACUAUAAGCUCUUUAAAGCGGGUAAUUAAACAACAUACUAUUUAUUACCACCGAAAAUAGAGGGGAAAUUCCUUUCCAAAUGACUUUUAUUCACUCAGCAAACAUUUACUGAGCAGUUACUAUGUGCCUGAUAUCUGCUAGCUGCUGGGGAUAUGCUGUGAAACAAGACACAGUCACCACCCUCAAGGAGUUUAUAUUAGGAGAGACAAAAAAGUAACUUUAGUAUAGUGUAAAAACUGUUCUGAUGUAGGAAAACAGAAGGUGCUAUAAAAUCCCAUAGCAGAGACAAGAGGGCAGAGAAGGCUUCCUGGAAGGGUGAUGUUUAGGCUGAGACCUGAAGGACAAGUAGAUGGGGUGGAAAGGAAGGACUCUCCAGGUGGAGGGAAUGAAAUAAGCAAGGGCCAAGGAUGAGAAAGGGCAUUCUGCUUUUGUGGGACUGCAAGUGGUUUGUUGUGGCUGGUUCAUAGAAAGAAGUGCAAGAGAUGAGACAGAGGAUAAAAACAGGCCAGGUCAUGAUGGCCUUUGUGUUUCAUUCUAAGGAAUUUGAAUUUCAGCCUGAGGAUAGUGGGAAACCAUUAAAGGGUUUAGAGUUUGGGAAUGACAAGAUCUGGUUUCACUUCAGAAAAUUUAGUGGCUGGAAAUGGAGAAUUGAUGGCGGUAAGCUCCAGAUCCCUUAGGAAGUUAUGGUGGUAUGCCAAUUGAGAGAUUAUGGCAACCUGAAGUAAAUAUGUGAAGAGAAGGCUGAGCAUAGUUUAAUGGAAUUACAGGACAACAAGAGACCUAAUAAACAUAUCAUGGGAAUUCCAGAAGGACAAGCUACCAACUGGGAGAAUCUUCAGAAACCAUA